AUGAUCUAUCAUCAGUGGAGCGAGAUGGAUAUUAAGGAUUCAUCAGCUUGGUGGACUACAGUUGCCUUCUUUGAAGAACUGGAAGUGGUUUCAUGUGGUGAGAUGAAAACACUUAGAGAUUGUUCGUUGUGCAUUCGUCGUCACAUGAGCUACAAGUCUCAGUGUCCAACAUGCUUUGAGGAUACUAGUGAGCCGUAUUUGCGCAAUAACCGAAUUUUGGAUGAUUUGUUGGAGAAGUUCAAAGAACUUGUGAUCCAACUAUCCUCUGUGAAGCUGCUGGCUAAGAAGUCUUCCACACCAGAGAAGAUGAGGCUUUUUACUUCUCCAUCAUCCAGAGGUUCAGCCCAAGAACCUCCAACAUUCAAAGAGCAUAUGUCUCCUCUGCCAAGGGAAGAGUCUUCUUCAGCUCAUGUCACAACUGUUACCAAGAAGAAUGGAGAAGGGAAAGGAACCAGUCUCCUCCAGUCCUUCAUGUCCCCUCCAUCCCAUUCCAAGAAGAAAAGAUAUCUUGAGGAGACAAUUGUUGCAGCUAGUGUCACCAAUGCCAAGGAAGAAAGCCAGACAGUCACAUGUCCUGUCUGCUCUGUCCCUGUUCCUAGUAAAAACAUCAAUCUCCACCUCGAUAACUGUCUAAAAAGACAGGAAGCCAGCAAUAAUUUAGUCCUCAUUAAUAAGAUGGGUGUGGUGUAUUGGGCUACAAUAGAGGGGAAAGAGGAUGAGAAGAGAAAACCAAUGCCAAAGCUGGUGUAUCGUCUCCUGCCAGAUAAGGAGCUGAGGAAGCGUCUGCAUGAUCUUGGACUCAGUGACAAGGGUGAUCGAAAGGCCCUCAUCAACCGACAUCAUAGGUUCACCUUGCUGUACAACUCAGAAUGUGAUAAACUAAACCCAAAGUCAGUGCAGCAGAUUGUGGCUGAGGUGGAACGAGAAGAGUCCCAGUUAAGAAGAAUAAAUGACAUUUUUACUUCAUCUGCGUCUAAUUCCCAUGCAGAUCGCAUGAAUGUGGAUCGCAAUUCUGAUUCUGAGACUAUUGCAGCUGAACGCCAAAGAUACAUGAAGAACCAUAGUUCACACUUUUCUCAUUUGAUUGCACAAGCUCGAGAACAUCACUUGGCUGAGAAAAGAAGAAGGGAACAGGAACAGAGUAAAUGGGACCCAGAUGCCCCAGGACCAUCUGGUCUGGGCAGGAAUCUUCAUGAAUCCUUCUCAGAGGAAGGAAAGGAAGAGCUGAGGGGAGAAAAAAGGGAGGAGGAUGAUGAGCAAGUGACAUCAUCUGAGGACAUCAUCCUGUCUCAGAGGACUCCUUCACCUGAUCUCUUUGCUGAGGAAAACAUCAUUAGUACUGACAGAGAAGCACUUCAAGAUGGGGAGGAAGAUGUGGUUCGGGGGAAGGGGAAAAGAAAUCUGGUGAAGUCAAGUCCCUCAUCUUCAUCAGACAAUUUUGUGGAUGGUCUCUCCUUGAGAGGAAAGGGUAAUCGGAAGAGGCUUCGAAUGAUAAAAGAAGAAAGCCUUGAUUCCCAGCCCAAGAAAGUCCUUCGGGGUCGAAUUGUACGUUGACUGUGGAUUAGGAGAAAGAAUGCAUGCAAUAUUUUCCUCAUCUCCUCAUCCCUUUCUCCCCAUGCUAAUAGUUACGUUUUUUUUAAAAACUGUUUUGUGCUUUCUGCCAUUUUUGGAAUAGAUGCUAUAAUUUUUUAUCUGGG